GCCAGUGCCAGUGCCUCAAGAUGCAUGAUCCCUCGAAUGAUGCCACUCAACCACUCCACGGCAAUGUUUCCCUCUGUCCAGGUAAAAGCGGGCCCUCUCAGGUACUCGUCCCUCGUGCUGGGCUGGGUACUGGCGACUUCUGGCGCAGCUAAGCAGCAUCUGCAACGAAGGGCCUUCACGCCCAUGCAUGAAGUGAAGAAACGAGCCUCCACCUGCUACCGCUACUACUGCCGCUCACUACCUUUUCCUUGUCGCUCCCCCUUCCUCUUCCCUCCCCCUUCUGCUUGGUACUCCGUACAUACGUACGCACUAGUCCUCCCGAAAGCUACCGGCAUUCUCUCCUCUCACCCUCUGUUUUGCGUUUUGCUAUUUCCUACACGCCACAACCUUUACCCUUCUAAUUCCUAUAGUUCUGCCAGCAGUCAUCGGUGCAGGGCAUUGUAGGUAUGUUGAACUGCUUCUCUCCUCCUCGGUUUCAAUAGCCAAUUCUCCUGGCAAGCGGUCAUUUGUUUCCUCAGAGCGGUCCUGGCGCAUGGCGCAAAGUAUCUAACCCGUGUUUGCUGAUUCUCUACCCUUUUCUAGGCUUCUCGAACGUCACACUCCUUUUACACUAUCUUCGAGACUUUCCUUUGGAACCUUCUGUCAUAUCAGCAGGACCUGAAUGACCCGAACCCCUUUAUAAUAAUAUACCCGGCGUUGUAAGAGGAAAGAAAGGACGGAAAAGGAGGUCCAGCAAAAGAUCUAGAGCCGACCGCGGCACUCCAAGUCGACCCAGGUCGCAACACAUAUAACAUGUCGGAUUAUUUGCAGAGGAGUAGUACAGGCUCGAUAAAAGUGUCGGAAAGAUCAAGAUGGCCACCCCUAACGCGAAUGUUGAUGUCGGGAGAGAUGACGGGCCAGCAAGCGAGAGAACUGAACAUGAGAGAACGAUUCGACAGAUGGAUGGUUAACGAGGGUUAUCGAAGAUUGUGCGUAGCGAUGGAUGUUGUGAGCUGAUCUAUACUAACUUGCUGCCAGUUUUGUCUUUGUUUUCGCCAACAUUCAUUUGAUGGUAUUUGCUUUUGGUUUCAUGAAUUACCAGAUCAAAGACAACUUAACCAUUGCCCGAAGUACCUUCGGGCUCACAUAUCCUAUAGCAAGAUCCGCCGCAUUAGUACUCCAUUUCGAUGUGGCUAUGAUUCUUUUCCCCGUAUGCAGAACGCUGAUCUCCUUGGCUCGACAAACGCCUUUGAACGGUAUCAUACAGUUUGACAAGAAUAUUACCUUCCACAAGACCACCGCCUGGUCCAUCGUUUUCUUCUCCUGGCUACACACCAUCGCACAUUGGAACAAUUUCGCUCAGAUCUCAGCAAAGAACAACUUAGGUAUUGGUGGAUGGCUCUUGGCCAACUUCGUCUCUGGCCCAGGAUGGUCUGGAUAUGUGAUGUUGAUCGCUUUAAUGUGCAUGGUUUUAACUUCGGUCGAAAAGGCUCGUCGUGCCAAUUUCGAGCGAUUCUGGUACACUCACCACAUGUUCGUCAUCUUCUUCGUCUUCUGGUCCGUCCACGGAGCCUUUUGUAUGAUUCAACCUGAUUUCGCCCCUUACUGUGUCAACAUUGGUACGACCGCUAUUGGAGUUUUCUGGCAAUACUGGAUGUAUGGUGGUUACAUUUACCUGAUGGAGAGAAUCGCAAGAGAAAUUCGCGGAAAGCACAAGACUUACAUUUCCAAGGUUGUUCAACAUCCAAGUAACGUUUGCGAAAUUCAAAUCAAAAAGGAAAACACCAAGACCAGAGCCGGGCAGUACAUUUUCUUCUGUUGUCCUGAGGUAUCUGUUUGGCAAUAUCACCCGUUCACGCUCACCUCUGCACCUGAGGAGGAUUAUAUUUCUAUUCACAUGAGAAUGGUUGGAGAUUUCACUAGAAACGUUGGAAGGACUCUUGGAUGUGAAUUUGACAAGCCAAAGGGAGAGAAGAAGGACGCAUCGCAAGUUAUUGGUGUUAAUGCAAACGCACCUGGAACCGAAGGUGUUGACCCAGCUAUCCGAAGAGUUUUACCUCGAGUAUAUAUUGAUGGACCAUUCGGCUCCGCCUCCGAAGAUGUGUUCAAGUAUGAGAUUGCUAUGCUUUGUGGUGCUGGUAUUGGUGUCACUCCAUUCGCCUCCAUCCUCAAAUCCAUCUGGUACCGAAUGAACUACCCACAAAAGAAGACUCGUCUCACAAAGGUCUAUUUCUUCUGGAUUUGCCGUGAUUUCGGUUCUUUCGAAUGGUUCAGAUCGCUCCUCCUCGCUAUCGAAGCUCAAGAUAUGGACAACCACAUUGAAAUUCACACCUACCUUACCGCUCGAAUCAAGGUCGAUGAUGCGACCAACAUCAUGAUUAACGAUGCCAACGCCGAUCGCGAUGCCAUUACUGGUCUCCGAGCCCCUACCAACUUUGGACGUCCCAACUGGGAUGCCAUUUUCAAGAGUGUGCGCAAGAUUCAUAGUCCAGCGGAAGCGGGUGUUUUCUUUUGUGGACCCAAGGUUUUGGGUAGUGUAUUACAUAUCAAAUGUAACAUGUAUAGUGAUCCAGGUAUGCUUCUCUCUCUGUCUCAUCCCCCUAGAAAUCAUAAGCUAACCAUGCAUCUAGACUUUUCCUUUGCUUGGGGUAAAGAGAAUUUCUAAGUUGUAUAUUUGG